AGUCCGCGCUAUCGCAAAUUUGUAAAUUAUUCAAGAUGGCGACCGAAGAUUGUCCCGUGGCUACGCCAUGACGGCAAAAACGCACAGGGAAUGCAACAUUUUCUGCGCAUUUUCAGAUCAUACCAGUUGCCUUCCAUUCAUCAUUACGCCAAAUAAAGUCCGGGGAUUCAUUAUUAUGCAAAUGAGCUGCAAUUGACGUCAACCGACCAGCUUUCCAACCCUGUUUACACCUGAUUGAUCACUUGGCGAUAUCCCCCUCUGGAUUGGUAGCAGCAGAGGCUGGCACCCCCUUUGGAAUCUCGACAGCUCAGACUAGUUUUUGUCCACCCUUGACUGUGUGGACAGCGUAUCUGUGACGAGAUUAUCAGCAGCGUACAUCAUUUCUGUUUCUUCUAGUCCCCGCCCCCUCCCCCUAUCCAUGUUGAUGUAGGCGCUACGCUUUCUUUCUUUCGUCACUGUCAAGCAUGAGUGCAGGGGGCGCUAUGAACAACCAGAACCCGCGACGACGGAAGAGGCCGGAGAAGGGACCAGGGUCCAAGUUCCUUGGCGAGAAGCGCCGACGGGAGCAAGAGACCUACCUGGAAGAGCUGGCGGAGUUGAUCAGCGCCAGCCUGAACAACCCAGAGUCCCUGAACAUGAUGCCUGACAAACGGGCCUUCCUGCAGGACACCGUCAACAAGAUCAAACGCAUCCGCUUGCAGCAACAGCAGCAAGAUCUGGAGCAAGGUAGCGAGGUUCAGCAUAGCCAUGUCUCUUCUAGCAAGCCCGGAAUGCUGUCCAGCGAUUCGCUGGGCAACGUUCUCUUGGAGGCACUUGAUGGGUUCUUGUUUGUUGUCAACAGUUCGGGAGAAAUUGAAUUUGUGACCGAAAACGUGAAGAUGUACCUCAACUUUAAGCAGGAGGAUCUUAUCGGAUCGAGCAUCAAAAAUUUCAUCCACGUCGGAGACCACAAUCAGUUUAUCAACUGCUUGCUGCCAACCUCCACUCCCGGAAUGUGGUCCCAGGACUCCAACUCCCCGACCAGCCGCAACCGGUCGUUCGCCUGCCGCAUGCUGACCAAACCAGUUGACGAAGAAGACCCAGCGACCGCCACCCAAGCAGAGCAGCACUACCAGAACCUCAAGUGUUCGGCCAUCCUCAAGCCCAAAGAAGACGGCCAGUCUUCCAACUCUACCGAGAGUGACCCACCCUCCCACCUCUUCUGCAUCGCACGCCGCGCAGCCAUGGACGACAACCCGGCCGCCAACGCCGGCGCCGGCAGCAACCCUAAUCCCACCAUGAUGCUCGGCGGCGGGGAGGAGUUCACAACCCGCUUAGACCUGAAGGCUACCAUCAUAUCGGUGGACCUGUCUCGUCUCAAACCACCACACUACUCCAAGGAGGACCUGGUGGGACAGACGAUCUACAAGUUCUGCCACGCUAACGACCGGACUGAACUGAGGAAACAUUUUGAUGAAGCCUUGGAGAAGGGAACCAGCUCCAGCCUGAUGUUCCGGUUCCUGAUCUACACCGAUACGUGGGUUUACGUUCAGACGACCAGCAGAGUCUACCGCAAUCAUCAUAGUGGGAAGCCGGAGUGGCUGGUUGCUGUUCACUCUGUCAUGAGAGAUGAUGCAUCAUCAGGGCAACUGAUGAAGCAGGCCAACGUGCCAGGCAUGGCAUCCACCAGCAGCGGCAGCAACAACACCAACCGCCUCCUGGAGGCCCUGUCCAACAACGGCAGCAUCGACCUGAACCGCAUCCGUUCCCUCAUGCUGAAGCGCCGUCAGCAGAAUGAACAGCAACAACAGCAGCAGCAUCUCCAACAGCAGCAGCAGCAGCAGCAGCAGCAGCAGCAGGGGAUGGGGUUCAGCGGCAAUAGCAAAGCCAGCACCAGCGGGAUGGGCAACCCCAAUAGCUCCCCAAACAGUGCCAAUGCGCAGGAGGUCUUGGACUCAUUAAAGAGAUCCUCUCUGUCCACCAUACUUCAGGACACCCCUGUCAGGAGCCGCAACAGCAACAUGGAGACCUCCAGCGUCUAUCCAGUCUCUUACAGCAGUGGCAGCGGUGGCAGCAACGACCGCCACCCAGUCCCGGAGAAAAUCCAGCGCAUGGAGCGCAGCCCGUCAGACUCUAACAUAGCAUCCUCCACGGAGCACACGAGCCGGAUGCUUACCGAGCAAAGUGACGACGGGGACGUCUUCCUCCCCGACCACCAGAGCCACAAAAAUGGACGAUUUCAGGACAAAGGCCGCCCUAAGGGGAGCGGAGCAAGUGGGGGUAGCAGGGAGGGGGUUGGAGGAGGUCCAGUCGGCAGGGACAGCCCCAAUCUGAGUCCUGACACCAACGCAGAGGAGAAAGACACAACCACCACUACUAGCAGCACCUUGGCAAAAAACACGCUCCUGCAGAAGCUUCUUCAGGAUGACCCUGAUGACGAUAAGAGUGACAUGAGCAGUCCAAGCCACUCACCGAUGUUCACCGGGCACAAAAACACCUCGGACGAUGAAAAGCUGGACGAGAAGACCUUUAGCCAACUUCUAAAAUCCGAUGGCAACACUAGUGGCACCAGUGGUAGUGGCCCAGAGAAGCCAUCCAACACUCCAGAGGAUGACACCGAGGGGCCGGAGGACGACAACGAACCCUUGCUGGACUCCGAGGGCAAGCCCCGAACCCGGCGGAAAUCCAUCGAGCGCGAGAAUACCAUCCUCAGCAAGCUCCUAGACGGCGACACCCAGUCAAUGUUUGGCAGCGGCAAGCUCCCCCGGGAGCAGCCAGGCUUUGUUUGCAGCAAUGUGGUCUCCACAACCACCGUGCUCCAAAAAUGUGACAUGGACUCAGACAAGAACACCUGCAGCAAGAGUGAGAAGAACGCUGAUGGCGGCAGCUCUAACAACAGCAGCGGCGGCGGUGGUGGCAACAGUAAGAAACGCAAGAACGUUUUGUUACAGCAACUCCUGAUGGAGGAUGUGCCUGCACUCGACAAGUGCCGCAGUGACAGUGAGAGCACCUGUCAGGAAAGCACCACAUCCCCAACAGUCACCACCACCAAACCAGGCAUGCCUGGCAACCAACAAAUCAACCUUGAGGAUAGCAGUGCCGACGGCUUUGGACACGAUGAUGAAGCCGUAGUGCAGCAGCUCUUGCAGAACACCCCCAACCUUCCCGAUGAUGGCGACGGCAGCCAACCCAACAUGAUCAUGGACUUCUUGAAGGAGUUCGACAACAUCCCUGACACACAAGACCCCUUCUUGCAUCAUCUCCUUAACGCCCCGGACAGCAGUGUCCAGACCACCUCUCGAUACCCACCACAGAGCUCCUCUACCAUGGGGGUUCCGACAUCCCAGACCAAGGUGCCAAUGGGACCUGAGACUAUCCCUGGACCAGGACCCCACCAGAGACCUGACAGUAGCGGCGGGCUCACCAACCCUGCCCUGAUGGGCCAAGGUACCGGGCAUGAGCCCACAAACUCCAUGCACUCUAGGAAGUCCCCCGGUAUGAACUCACAACACCGCCAGCCUGUCAAACGCACCAACUCCAGGGAUUCCUAUAAUAACGGUGGCAGCGGUGGGAUGCACCCUAACGCCGGCAACUUUGGCCGGUUUGCCUCCCCUCAGCCAGACUGUUUCAGCAUGGAUGGCAUUCAGAAUGUCAUGCCACCGAACCAAACGGCGCCCAUGCAGACAUCCAUGUCACAGAUUCCACUACCAGGAGCCGGCCAACACAACAUAUAUGACCAAGAUCACAUGCAGGUACGGGACAUCCUGCCUGGAAAUAACGGCGACGAGCAGAUACUUUCUGAAGAGGAUGCAGACCUCCUGCAGCAGCUGCAGCAGGUCCUGAACAGCACCACGUUUGAUCUGGAAGGCAACUUUGAUGUGGACCAGCACACCAGCAUAAACGGGCUCACAGGACUGGACCCAUCGCAGCCGGACAACGGCAACAACAUGCUGCAGAGCAUGCUGAGCACCCAGACGUCGCAAGCCCCGCACUCCGGAAGCUACCCGACUCCGUCAUCGACGAGCAUGAGAAUGCAGCAGCAGCAACAACAGCACCCCCAACAUCAACAACAACAACAACACCCUCAACAACAACAACAACAACAACAGCCACAACAACAACAGCAACAACAACAACAACAUCCUCAACAGCAACAACCACCACAACCACCACCACCACCACAACAACCACCACAACAACAUCAACAGCAACAGCAGCGGAACCGACAGCAACAUCAGAAACAGCAACAACAGCAGCAGCAUUCGAUGUUGGGUAUGGGUGGGGCAGGAGGUGGGACUAGGAUGGGACAGGGCGGGAUGCCAGAUAUGCAAAUGAUGGGGGCGGGGCCUAAUGCGUCCUCGGGUCCUGGACAGCCACGCUUCCCACAACAGGUUCAUCCACAGCAGCAACAACAGGUCCCGCAACCAAUGCAGUAUAACCAGAUGAGCGCCAUGCAGCAGCAGCUGCAGCACCAGUUCCAACAGCAGCAACAGCCGCAGCAGCAACACGGUCCUCUCCCGCCCCACUCCAACCCGCUGCAGCAACAGCAGCAGCAGCAACAACAGAUGGCGUCAGGCCCGGGCAAACCUUCCCAGGGUCCGCCCCAGAUGAGCAGCACCACGGCUGGUCCCGGCGUAUUCAACCGUCCGCCAGCUAAACUGCGGCAGGCGAUACUCAUGAGGUCACGGCUGAAGGAACAGCAGUUGCAGCAGCAGCAACAGCAGCUGCAGCAUCAGCAGCAACAAAGGCAAUGGCAACUCCAGCAACAACAGCAACAGGCAAUGCGGCAGCAGCAGCACAUGAACGCAGCCAGCGCCGUCGCAGCCAACCAGCAACUCAUGACUGCAAACCAACAGCAGCAACAGCAAGCGCCGUCGAUGGGUCCCGGUAUACCCGUGGGUGCGGGGAGCCCCGUGGGAAUGAAUCCCAUGCAGCAGACGCAGCAGCGCAUGCUGCAACAGAAGCAGCGCAUGUUGCUGCAUCAGCAGCAACAGCAACAGACUUUCACUGGACCGCAGGUUGAGGGCGGAGUCUUCCCCCCACUGGACACUCAAGCCUUCCAGGACAAACUGAGCGAUGUGCUGAAUCCGGCAGCUGGGGUACUCGCUCCUAAUGUUAGUAUACAGAAAUCUCCAGGGCCUUACGGACCACAGAUGCCAGGAAUGGGCAACCGUCCCAUGCCUGGUGGCAACCAAAUGAUGGGCGGUGACAGCCGACAUCCGAUGGGCAUGACCCAACCCUUUCCAGGCCAAACUGGUGCCAACCGGGGCGGACCGGAGUUCAUGUUUGGCAACCAGAUGAUGCCUCAGGGGCGGGGCCCAGGUGGGAGUGGAUAUCAAGGGAUGGUUCAUGGAGGUGGCAGCAGUGGGACAAACCAGAACGUCUUCACCUUCCAGGACUUUAACAGCCCAGGAGGGAUGGGCGGCGGUGGGAGCGUGGGUGGUGGGAAUCCGCAACAUAUGAUGCCCAAUUCGGGAAUGAUGGGACCAGGGCAGCACCAGCAAGUCAUGGGGAUGAACCCCAAUAUGCCAGGUGGGCACAAUAACGUCGGUUUGAACCCAAACAUACCACGUCCUAAUCUAGCGUCGGUUGGGAACCCGCGGCAGCAGACUCCCGCCCUGACGCGCUCCCUGAGCCUUCCGACAACAAACUUAGCCGCCGGCGGGAACGGAAACAACCUCAGCCCUGCUAACCGCCACAACCAGUACAUGCACCCGCAGCAGCAGCAGCAGCAGCAGCAGCAAAACAAUUUCCAAGGGAACAACGCUAACAUGAGGGGGAAUCAAUUUGGUGGCAGCGGUGGGAUGCAGCCCCACUUCCCUGGAAACUCUAUGACCAUGCAGCCGGGACAGAUGGGCGGCAGUGCCCCCAUGUUCUCCUCCCCGUCCUCUGGGACCCAGAUGCGCUGGAGUGGCCCCAACGGUGGGGGGAUGCAGAGGGGGGCCAUGCCCCCACACCAGGGGCAGAUGUUCCCCGGUUCGGCUGGGGGUGGGGCAGGUGGGAUGCCCCAGUCUGCGGAGAUGAUGCGAGGGAUGGGCAAUACGGGAAGCAGCGGGACGCAGGAUUUGCAGAGCAUGAUGAAUAGAAGGCUUAGGAGAGGGGACAGUCUGCCAGCUAACCCAAACAUGAUGGCGACCCCGCCAAAGUACCCUCUCCAGGGCUCCCUCAACUCUAACAUCCCCGUCCCGUCCAACCUUGCCGGCCAGAACACAAUGCCCAUGACCCAACAACAACAACAACAGCAGCAGCAGCAACAGCAGCAGCAAGCAUCGGGAGAUGCCGCCAAUGCUACCAACUCCUACCUGACCCAACCCAGUAGCACUAGCAACAGUGGGGGUAGUGGCAGUAACACCAACAGCAGUGGCAGCGGCGGCGGCAACACCAACAAGAACAGGUCGACGCCGGGUGGCAACCCGUCCAACUUAGACAUGUUGAGCCUGUCGAUGGAUAUGUUUGAACCAGAAUUCUUCAAGCCUGACAAUCCGAACCCCAUCGCCAGCUCCACCACCAACCCGACCAGCCAGCCGGACAGCACCAGUACGACGACGUCCCGCAGCAACGGCGGCAAUCCUCCUGUUAAUGUUCCCGACCCCCUGAAACCUUACGCCGAGAUGCAGUCCAAUGAAGAGGCUAAGCUAAGAUACCAGGAAUUUUACAAGAUUUCCGGCGCACAGACCGCGCCCGAUGCCAACACCCGAGUGACCAACCUUUUCCGGAAUCAGCUGACAGGACAGCCCCUAACCCCAGGGGCUGGUGGGAGAGGAGGGGGAGGGGCUCCAGGGAUGGGCGGACAGCAGAUGCAACAGUCAGGCGGUGGCAGCGGUGGGAUGGUCCCGCCCCAGCAGCAACAGCAGCAGUAUGGAAAUGAAGACCAGAACCAGCAGGAAGGAGGAGACGGCGAUGGUAAAUCCAACAGCCUCCUGCAGAAGCUGCUACUCGAGUAAACAAAGUUAGUCAUUCAAAUUAGUUUUUUUCUUCAACAAGGCUUUGAAAAAAAUUUAAAGAUAAAGAUUUUUGUAGUUUGGCCUGACUAAUGUGUCAUCGAGUAUGGAUAACAUAAUUUUUCGAAAAAGAAUUGUACAACUGGCUUUUCGUUCAAUAUGCUUCCUUUGUUUCGCCCACUGUGUACAUAAUCAUUUCGUCGUACUCUAGGCAGACGAUAGUUUAAAAAGCGUUUACGUUAACACAGAAUUUAAAAUUAAAAAUCUACUUUGAUUGUGUUCUAUUAAUACCGAGAUGUAUAUUAUUGUUUGUUAAAUAAUGGUAUAUAUGAAGUGUGGUAGAUUGUGCCAACUGAAUCCUAUUUCCGAUACGUUGUCCACUCACUAAAUAUUAACUGCUGUAUAGUGUACAGAAGGAAUUAAAAAACAAAAAACAAGAACAGACGAGACAUGAAACGGAACGAUUUGUACAUAAAUGUGGAAUAAAUGUUGAUUUUAAGGGAGUUUGGGUUAUGUUUUUGGAGGAAAUACCAUCUCGGCAAAUCUAGUGUUGUUUUCUAUAUGUACACAUGUAGAUUAAAACCGGAACCGUCUGGUUAAGUCCAGUCCGAGACUUUAAUAGUUCAGCACUAAAAGCACAUUCAGUUUUGUAUGUAGGACACUUGGUAGUCUGUUUUGUUCUGAGAACCGGUUUGAACUGGUCCUAUUAACCAGUUGACUCUUGUCACAUCCAGUAAGAACCGGUUCUGAUACAACCAGUUCAAACUGGACUCAACCGGGUUCCGUUCAGCAUGCUAUGUAUAUAAAUAUAAAUAUACAUACAUCUAUUAUGGUUUCAUGGAAUGUGGAUCAAUUUAAAAAGAAUUUGAGAAAUGCGGGGAAAAAACCAACAUUUUCUUGCUGAUUUGCGGGGUUUAGAAUUUGAAAAUUUAUAAAAAUCUGUUUCCAGCACAAAAAAAUGUUAAGAGGGCUGACAAGACAUGAUAUGUGCCUUGCACUUUUAGACGAGUACAUUUAACAUGUUUUAAGGAGCAAAAAAAGUCGUAAGUGUUAAAAAAAAAAGAAGACUUUUUUGAUAACCCAAUCAAAGGUUUAUGUAUUUUUAUGACCAAGUGAGCAAAGCUCAUUCCGUGAUCAAAACAUAUUUUCCAUUCUUCUCUUUCAGCUUUUAGACAUUUUCUUUCCCCUUUUUGGGUUUUGUUUUCCAUUUAAAAUCUCCCAUAAGUUCACCAGUCCUAUAUUUUGUAAAUCUUUUGGGACGAAAAGUGAAAAUCACAUUUGCUUUAUUUGAAAAAUAAUUACGAAGUGUUAAUCUUUUUUCAGAUUUCUUUUCUUUUGCCUUUAUUCUUCAAUUCUGAACCCACGAAAUCCGCCAAAUCAACUUGAAAUUCCCCAUUUCGAAGAAAAUUACAAUCAGACAAGCUGACGAAUCUUAAAUGUUAUGAGCAUUUUGUCCCAAAUUUUAGAUGCCGUUUAUUGUUUUUGACAUUAAAUCAAAUACAUUGUCACAGUGCCUGAAGAAGACAUGAAAAUAGAAAAAAAAAACAUGAAAAUUUAACCGGUGUUUAAAAUUUAAAAAACGUUUAAUUGAGAAAAUCUAUUUAUACUUUUCUGAUACAACUCGAUUGUAAUUUAUUAUUUGAAACAGUUUUUUUUUAAAGUGUUUAGAAAUAUGAUGAGUCUUUGUUAGAAUGUUUUUAUGUACAACUAUUGAAAUUGUGUGGUUAGGUUGUGUUAUUGACAUGACAACCGAUUUUAAUUAUCAGUUUUUCCCAGCGAUUUUGAGAUAAAAUAUUACCCAGAUGAAAGAAAA